AGCGCGUCCUGUGAGGAGAUUCCACACGCAUGCGCAUUAAGAAGAACAUCGUCCCUUGGGGUGGCUCCACACGCGUGCGCAAACAGGCGCGCGCUUCCCUUGCGUUUCCGGUGCCCAACCUUGGGAGGGUCGUUGCUGCUCUCCAGGGCGCAUGCGUGCGGAGAAGAGGCAGCGGAGGAAGCAAAACAAAGGCGACAACAAAACAUCCACAUCGCAUCACCGAGUGAUGGGACGGAGGUAGCCUAGAACGGCCUCCUCCUCGGUUCCCCCCUCCCUCAGCCCCAAACUCAGGCGACGCGAGAGCGAGGACGGGCCGGCGCGCGCCGUUUUCUUCCGGGUAACAUUCUUGACAUUUGGGAGUUCCUGUCUUGCCAUUGCAACGCUUGUGCAAAUUUUUCAAGAUGCCAGCAGCACUCGCAGAAAAUAGUCAGGUGAUUUGUGAAGUAUGGGCAAACAAUCUAGAAGAAGAGAUGAGGAAAAUUCGGGAAAUUGUUCUCAGCUACAGCUACAUUGCAAUGGAUACAGAGUUUCCUGGAGUUGUGGUUCGGCCAAUAGGUGAAUUUCGCAGCUCUAUAGACUACCAGUAUCAGCUGCUCCGGUGUAAUGUUGACCUCUUGAAGAUUAUCCAGCUAGGACUGACCUUCACAAAUGAGAAAGGAGAAUAUCCUGCUGGAAUCAACACCUGGCAGUUUAACUUCAAGUUCAAUCUUACAGAAGAUAUGUAUUCUCAGGAUUCAAUAGAUCUUCUUGCAAGCUCUGGACUGCAGUUCCAGAAACAUGAGGAGGAAGGAAUUGAUACUUUGCAUUUUGCAGAGCUGCUUAUGACUUCUGGUGUGGUGCUUUGUGACAAUGUCAAGUGGCUUUCAUUUCACAGUGGCUAUGACUUUGGUUAUAUGGUGAAACUGCUGACAGAUUCAAGGCUUCCUGAAGAAGAACACGAAUUCUUUCAUAUCUUGAAUCUCUUCUUUCCAUCCAUAUAUGACGUUAAGUACCUGAUGAAGAGUUGCAAAAACCUAAAGGGAGGCCUCCAAGAAGUGGCUGACCAGCUAGAUUUGCAGCGGAUUGGACGGCAGCACCAAGCCGGGUCAGACUCGCUACUCACAGGGAUGGCAUUUUUCAGGAUGAAAGAGUUGUUCUUUGAGGAUACAAUCGAUGAUGCAAAGUACUGUGGGAGACUGUAUGGCCUUGGCACAGGAGUAGCUCAGAAACAGAGUGAAGAUGUAGAGACAGCGCAAGAGAAAAUGAGUAUUUUGGCAAUUAUCAAUAAUAUGCAGCAGUGACAACUAGCUGUCAUUCGAAAUGACUUGGGUCCAUGGAGGUAAACUCUCUCCUUAAACAAGUCUCUCAAAGAAAUUGUGGAAGAACUAGUAUGUUUUCUGCAGAGGGCAAAACAUUUGAAUCUAAAUGGAUUCUAAUCAGGCAGCUUCAUAAUGGCUAUAGUGUUUUGCCCCUGUGUAAAAACCAGAAAAACUACAAUGUAAAUACCUCUUUUCUUUUAAACUUUACUGAAUUUGCAAGGAGUAUAUAAUGUCAGAGCUUUCAGCAGAGCUGAGGCUCUCUCAUGCACUUGCAGAUUUAGCUUUUGAAAGCUUGUUUUAAAACUUUUUUUUGCUCUCUGUGAGGGUGAUUUGUUCCCAAGCCCUCUGCUACUUUUAUCUUUUGUGUAAAUCCAUCUGUGAAAGUGUUCCACUCAGCCCUGGUGGUGGAGGCCCUGCAUGAACUGCUUAGAUCUGCCUUAGCCGCAGCCCUUGUAGUGCUUCUGGAUAGCAUUACAGCUGGCUCCUCCCGCUCCUUUUAGAUUGCUGGGCCAUGCAUCAUAUCAGUACAUUUCAUCUGAACCACCGUAGAAUGGAGCAAAACCUGUCUGCAUGUUUGAGGCUACAUUAAUAGUUGGGACCAAAAAUGGUUUCACUUUAAGUGAAAUACUUUACCCUUCUGCUAACAGGGAUAUUCAGAAGAUUGACGGAAUCACAAGUGUAUCUGCCCAGGAAAGGCUGACAAAGCUUUUCUUUCACUCUGUUGUGAAAAGGAGACCUUGAUUGUUAAGUGGUUUGGGGAAAAAAAGUACAUUUAACUGCAAGUUUCAUACAGUCCUGACACACCAAAGUCCUGUUGAGCGAGAGAGAAAAUCCUGAUUGUGUGGUAUUUUAAAAAAAGCUUAAAAUUCUUCAUUAUGUAAAGUAUUGCAAGCUGCUAUUAAAAUGCUUGUGUAUAUAUAGCUGGUUCUUAAUUUUGUAAAAUAAAGAAUUUUCUUAAGGCA